UCCCGGGCCCUGUUGACAAUACCCUAAGCCACUGUCGCGUCGAAGAGAAGGCGUAUGCUCGCUGCCAUUGGUUUCUGAUCCAACUCAUGAAAUCGAUUCUGAACCGAAAACGCUCACACGAGGAAGAAAAUCCAGUGCAAUCGCAAUGGAGGCGCAGGGAUGCUUUUAACUCUUCCCCGUUUGAAAGCGUAUCCCGGCUCUCGCAGCAUACCGGUGAUUACCCUGUGGGCGGCGCCUUAGUAAUUCCACGAGAGAACACUGGCCGCAUGUCAGCACCAUCUAUUAUGGUGGGGAAGUCGGUGAUAUCUCCCCCGACUCAAGAUCAGCACGAUGAUCAUUUUCCUGAAUUGAAGUCUUCGUUCCGUCAUACUCAACAACCUCAGCAACAUCUAUUGCAAUCGAGUGAUAGAACCGCAGUUUCUUCAACUACUCAUGAAUAUGUGGUAGAACCAGACAAGGAGUUUGCCAACCACGAGCUUCCAGGCCCAAUUGGUACUAACCCAGUGCCGCCUGCAGAAGCAGGGGGUUUGAUCAGUUGUCCAUCCGGGUGCAAAAGCCAAGAAUGUUCCAGCACUCGCGCUCUCACGCGCCAACUUGCCGCUGAGUUGCCGUUGAUCGAGUCUAGAGCUGGAGUGCUAUCGCAGCCAGGUCCUCAUUUACCUAGCCCUCCGCCAGGAUCACAAACUAACGAUACCAAAGAUAUCCUCCUCCAAGCGCUAGCUAUCGAGCAACGGACUGAUCUCAAGCUACGAGAAUUACUUUAUCAUUCUUCGUCGCAUGACCUCGAUAUUAUAAGUUCGCAGCCACUCGAUAUACCUGCCGUCAUGAAACGAGGCUCACCUCAUUCAAGCGAACGUGAGGAGCAGCCUUUCUCGAACAGACAGUCCACUACCCCCCACCAUGGGCGCUCUGAUUUCGGGUCUACAGUCGCGUCUUCAGAUCAGAACCGCAGUUAUCCUUACAGUGUCGAUGGAGUUGCCAUGCCAAACCUCCCAAAUAUUACCGCCACUUCCGGUUCAGUGUUCUUCGGCCCUCAAUCAUCCGGGCAAAUCUCUCAACCUUCCAGACCUGGAGUGCUGCCAGCACCUUCUUCAUUGAACGCUAUCAACCAGUCUCAAAUCCCAUCUUAUUCACCGCCCUCAGCGGUCGUGCACAAUCCGACCCAAUCUUCUCAUCUACAAGACUUGCAGCACCAAGUCAGUGUUAAAACACUCGCAUUCCAGACGUUACAGCGGGAAUAUGACAGUCUUAUACAGAAAUUGGAACGCCAGCAAAUAAAAUGCACUACUCUCGAGAAGAAGUUCGAAGUCAGUGAUGUAGAGAUCAACACAUUGUUGGAUGAAAAGGAGAAAAUGCAGGCACAAAUUGCUUCACUAGAAACUCAAGUUGAAGAGCUACAACAGAGCAGGGACGACACGCGCAGCGAACUAGUUGCAAAUGGAGCUCAAUAUAUGCGCAUUGUGGAAAUGGCGAAUCGUCUGCAAAACCAAGGUGCAGAAGAUAAAAAGCGUUGGGAGGCUGAGAAAGCAGAGUUACAGCAACGAAUCCGCGUACUAGAAGAGGCAAUGGUCACAGGGCCCGACCCUCAAGAUUCAUCUCGUAUUCCAAACACGGUGAUACAUGGGGUAGGCGAGAGUCCAGCAAUAUCGUCCUCUGCUAUCGAGACUCUCAAUGUUCUACGAAACGAAGUUGGGCGGCUUCGACUACGGACAACAACCCUCGAAACAGCUCUAUACACCAUGAGAGAUGAAACUGCUACCAUUCAAGAGGCUGCUAAGAAGCUGGCGCAAUCUGGGGCAAAGAUCGAAAAUGUUACUAAAGACGUGCUGAGUGAAUGAAGAUGACUACUUCAUGCAACAGGGUCCAGUUGGUGUAUUCAGCAUUCUGGGUAGGCAAUUCAUUCGGGAUGUAUCUGAUCCUGAAGGACAGAUAACUGGUUCGAACAGUGCCAUCAAAAGAUUUUACACAAUCAACAACAGGAUUCUAUAUACAUCAGCCUCAUGAUGCACUACCACUUUGACCAGCUGGAAAAGGCCCGCCUCCACUUAUUAACGCAAUGUGUUGUGAAACCUUCGCAGAAACUACAAAAUCCCUACACUCGUUCAUGCAUUGAACAGAUGAGUCAUCGAAUGAAGAUGAAGAAAAAGCAACCAAGCGCCACCAAGCGCCGGUUUCUUUUUCGUCUGGAGAUACUGUCACCACAGAUUAAUAUGCUUCUCUACUUCUCUUGAAUCCCGAUCACAAUACACAGACCCCCUCCCCUAUUACACUUCCAAGCUCAAUUCGGCAUUUCCAGCGAGUUCCCAACCCAUGCGUGCAUGUAUGUACUAUGUACUCCGGAUUUUCAUGGCAUCAACCGAUGCAAUCUUUCUGUCGAACGGUCAUCGGUGUGGUCCGUGUGUGCGUCGCCAUAUGCUCAGUAAGCGUUCAAUACAAGGACCGAGCGGUGCCACAUGGCCGCUCCCCUACCCAUAAUCCUUUUGAAAUAUCGAUGUACCAUGUUGGGAACCCCGUCUUGGAAGACCUUUUGAGCUCGCUUUAUGGCUCGAGAGUUGUUAUACCAUGGUAUUUUGAACAAGGAAUCGUAUCGCUUCUACUCCAUAAUCCGAUAGCAUCGACGAACGAUAGCAUCGACGAACAGAUAGCCGAGAGAUAAAAAAGGGUUCCCUGCCCCCAGCAUUUACCCUACAUGUCAUAUAUGAAUGCGAUCAAGCAGCAUCAGUAAGCCAUGUCUUCAUACCAGGCAAUCCUUGCCUCAACCAAACAAUAUUGAAUCCAUCUCCACCACGCACCACGGGCCAACCACAUAGCACCAGCACACCAUACCACAGCACUAGCCAAGAGUAUGCCUAAAUUUCAGCCUUAUCUUCCGUCCCUUACUCCCAAGGCAAGAGCGGCUUGAAGCGAGCUUCGCUGGGUGAACAAACGCGAGGACCUUCCUCCCAAAACACGGGGAGGAACUGCUUCUUUUUCCCUCAUUCCCCUUCCGUCACCUUUUUUCUCUGUUGGGUGAGUGAAGAGGAGGGCAUGUACAGCCUGCUUUAAACUGUAGAUAUGCCGUAUUUGUACGUCCCGAGACUACAUGGAACUUCCAUGUAACACACAGGCAGACCCUGGCUCACUGCUUGCCGGUUCAAGUGCGCUGACAGUGAUGACGGCGUGCCGGUGUUACUGCGUUCAAUAAUGAUGGCUUGUUUCUCUCGGAUGAAUGGACGGCUGGAAGUGGCGAUGAGUAAGUCGUUGCGGCUCUUGCAUUAUCAGUGUUUGUUUUCAGAACGGAGGGUGGAGUAAGAGGAAGGUGCGACUAAACACGAGCGAGAGCGAAGCUGUGGUUUUUUGCAGCUGUUCGCUGACUUGUUUUGCGUCCUCGGUCUUUAUUCCUUGCUUUUCUUCUAGCUGGCUGCUUGGCUUCACUUCCCCUUCUUCUCUCGGAUUAGUGAACAUUGUACCCCCCUGUUUGCCCUUUUUUCCCCUUUCCUUGGGUUUGACUAUUUGUGUGAGCAACUCGUCGAGGGAAGGAAGAAGGGGCAAGAUGAUGCGCGAGAUCUAGUCAAUUCAGAUGUUAGAGGGGACUGGGCCUUCUCGCGCGCCUUUUCUGUCUUGCUCCACCCUCGUACUCUAAGUACAGCACGCUUAACAUCUGCAUGGGUAAGGAGGCAGGGGAACCUGGGAAGUAUGUCCGUUCAUUCGUACCUUGCCCAAUCCCCAGUGAACUGAGAGAUAGUUUGAAAGCUAGCAAUAACUAAAAAUCUAUUCGUUCCAUUCGCUCCAUCUCCUCCCUCGGUGCUGAUCCAUCGACUCACUAGCUCACUAGUCGCCAGCCCCACACUAACAUGUAGCACUCGAUCUUAUCCUAGGCCUAGACAUCGAUCUCAUUGUACAUCAUCGUUCAUAUCUUCUAUUAUGUCCCUGAGUCUUAGCAUGCCAAGUUACUACUCCCCAUUUCCCGAGAUAUAAGACUUCACACAGUGCGUGGCAUUAGAUCCCAACAAGUUCAUCGGUCUUCCUCCACCAGGCAAUAGUUUAUCAUCUGGAUUCUUCUCGUGUCUCCAUCGUUCUGCAGCUUCAAACUCAACUACAAUCCCCACAGCGCUAGAGAAGCUUUGAAGUUUUGAAGAUUGAACUAACCAACGCUU